GAUCUCAGCCCUCUCCUCUCUCCUCUAAAGAAGAGUAUUUUUGCCUGUCGAAAGUAUGAAACUUUCAAGAGUUUUAUUUGAUUCUUUUCUGGUUUUUCUGUUUUUACAUUUUUCAAAUAUUAAGAACAGUGAUUGCAUCGAAGAAUCCAGAAACACAACUGCUGUACAGAGGAUUAAGCAUGCGGCUGCCAAACCUAGAGUCAGGAGAGGGUCACAGGGAGAAGGAUCCAAAACUGAUGCUAGGAAUUUAGGAUACCCAAGACUUAUCUAUUCACCAACCACUGCAUUACCAGACAUGAAUCGGAUGCAAAAUGACUCCUCACAGUCACCUACCUGGGGACCGAAGCUGAUAAACUCACUGUAUCCUCUGAGUGAGAACUCAAUCAGUGCUUAUGGAGUGCUUCUGUUAUCACUAGUGGUAUUUGCUGUGGGCAUUGUUGGCAACCUGUCUAUCAUGUGCAUUGUGUGGCACAGCAUGUCUAUGAAGAGUGCCUGGGAUUCCAUCCUGGCUGGUGUUGCACUGUGGGACUUUCUGCUUCUUUUCUUCUGUCUGCCUGUAGUUGUCUUCCAGGAGAUCACACAUCGAAGACUUCUGGGGGUCUUCUCGUGUCGUAUUGUACCAUACAUGGAGGUUUCUUCCCUUGGGGUUACGACAUUCUCUUUGUGUGCACUGUGUAUAGAUCGUUUCCAGUCAAUAACUUCAGCCCAGUUACCUCCAAGACCAGUGGAGCAGUGCCAAUCCAUCCUGGGAAAGGUAUCAGUUAUCUGGCUUGGAUCCUUGACUCUUGCUCUCCCGGAGAUAUUUUUGUGGCAGCUGAACCAGGAGCGUUCUCCAUUAUCAGGGUUAAUCAGUGAUUCCUGUGUGAUGCAUCCUUCUCCUGAUCUGCUCCCAGUUUUGCGCUCCUUAAUUCUGACAUACAAGCAUGCCCGAAUGUGGUGGUUCCUUGGCUGCUACUUUUGCCUUCCCCUCCUUUUUACUAUGACAUCGCUACUGGUGACUCUGCGAAUUGUUGGGAACACAAAGAACAUGAAAAAUAGCCAGUGUCAACGUCAGCUGAGCUGGAUAGUGGCAGGUCUAGCUAUUGUAUACGGAGUGUGCAUCCUCCCUGAAAAUAUCACCAAUAUCUUGGUGGCCUAUACCAGUCUGGAUCUGCCCGAGAAUCUCUUGGCACUUAUCACUCAGUUUUUCUUAUUCUUGAAGUCUGCAGUAACACCUGUCCUCCUCCUAUGUGUCUCCAAACCACUAGGACAGGCUUUCCUGGAUUGUUGCUGUUGUUGCUGCGAUGAUGACGCUAAAGCAGGAGCUGCACCUAAUGCGGAUGAGAGCAGUGCAAAACUGGAACCCCUUAACCCCCCAAACAGCGCAAGUGAUUCAGCACUACAGCUGGGCACCCCCUGCUAAAUUAAAGGAAAUGAUAUAGAGACUGGUAGUCCUGUCCUAACAAGAAGGGAAUAUGUAGUAGAUGGAAACUAGAGGACAACUGAAGACAAAAUAGUCAAAGCAGGUUUCACCAUACAUGUAUGGCAGAUGUUGGGGAGGGGAUAAAGGGGUUUGUCCAGUGGGGCAAAAUGUGAGGAAUGUUCUCAGAGUUAGGACACUUUCACCUGGUCAGUAUUUGGUUAGUAUCAUUAUUAUUGUUAUUAGAUUAAUCUGAAGGGAUAAAAAAGUGAAGUGCAAAGUUAGUGCUGGACACAAUACAAGACAAACUAGGGGUCGCUAGAAAGCGGACCACUAAAAAUACCCCUUCGACUUCAUUCACAUCUGCAUUUGAGGUUCUGUUAAAAGUCUCAGUCGCAGAUUCUGGUAAAAUGGCAGAGAAAACAUCACAGCAUGCUGCUCUGUUGUGUCGGGUCCAAUGAUGGAUGUGGGGUGAUGGACCCUCUUAUAGAAAAUGAGUGCCUCUUUCUUUACAUCAUGAAUUGCUCCGGCUCUUCCGAUAUUUAAAUUUUUCUGUUCCUAUAAGUGAUGUGAACGCAGCCUAAGGUCUCUUUC